UGUUCAAUGGAAAAUCCCACUGGAACAUUUUAUACGCUCUUACUACCUCUCAUGAGAAACAUCAAUAAGACCCAGCUGGUGAUUUAAAGAGUGACUCUGUGAGGUCUAAAGGUUUUUGAUGGAUCGUGUUAAUUCAGAGGCGUUAUGCUGAAUGGAUUGUGUGGAAUGCGCAAAGCAUUUGCCACUCGUCUGCGGUUUAACAUUUCUCGCCACAAAAUCUGCCACGGCUUCGUCGUAAGACUUGGGCUGGGCUAAACGCGUGCAUGGGGUUCUUUGCAGUAGUGCAACAAGUUCGCAGAGGGCUAGUACAAGCCGUGAAACCAGUCGCCGCUCACACCGUCUUUCAGUUCAUGAGCGCGCACCGCCCCGAGACACAUUGAAAUAAUACAUAGACUCGAUCAUUCUCCUCCCGGCAGUACUGGUGAUUGCACAUAGUAGUAUACGGUUGAGAGUGAGUCAUGAAGGUUUUAGGAGCAAAUAAGGAUUCCCGAAAUGCGACGAAAAUGGAGAACGAAACCGAUCAUGGCAAGCGACGGCACUGUCUUGGAGCUAUAGUGGAUGUGAUGCCGUUUGUGUUUUCUCUUGUGUCCUUCGCCUUUUGCUUUUUACUGAGUGUUCAGACCAGUGAUAUGAAGGACAGAAUCGUGGAUCUGGAGAUUGGAAGUGGCGCGGGGGUCUUAAACCCGUUUCAUGGGAUCUCUGCGGAUCAAUUUAAUUCAAUGAUACAGGAGCGUGUGGACGAGCUGCUGUCACAGCGUUCUUAUGAACACUUGGUUAGAAUAAGGACUGCUCGUCAAGUCUCACCACCUGAAUGCAACUGCCCACCAGGUCCACCAGGCAAAAGGGGAAGAAGAGGACGCAAUGGAGACUCUGGACCUCCUGGUCCACCUGGCCUUAAAGGUGACAAGGGGGAUCAAGGCGACCAGGGACCGAGGGGACUUCCUGGUCUACCCACUCUGGCUGCAUUACACAGCAAUCAAAUCCUGACUGUGAAGAUGGUCUUCCCUAAGAUAAAUCAUGGCUUUCUUUCUGCUGAUCAGCAACUCAUUAAACGUCGACUCAUUAAGGGUGACCAGGGUCAAGCAGGGCCCCCAGGGCCUCCUGGACCUCCAGGUCCCCCGGGCCCCAGGGGACCCCCAGGGGACACAGGAAAAGAUGGUCCUCGGGGAGUCCCAGGGCUCCCUGGAGACCCUGGAAUGCCAGGAGAGACUGGUCAAAUGGGACCUGAGGGCCCUCCAGGACAUAAGGGUUCCAUUGGGCCACCUGGUAUUCCAGGUAUCGAUGGAAUGAAGGGUGACAGAGGUGAACGGGGUGAAAAGGGAGACAUGGGAGAGGAGGGGCCAAAAGGUGACUCUGGAGAGAAGGGUGAUGCUGGAUCCUCUGCUGCUGGAAUCAAGGGUGAGCCUGGCGAGCCAGGGCGUGGAGGUCAAAAGGGUGAGCCAGGACUUCCAGGACUGCCUGGACUCCCCGGGAUUAAGGGUGAACCUGGAUUCUUUGGGCCUCAAGGUGAGCCUGGGCUUCCAGGCCUGCCAGGAACUAAGGGAGAGAGAGGAGAACAAGGACUGCCUGGCAAGGGUGAACGUGGUGAGACAGGUCCAGCAGGACACAAGGGAGAGCAGGGGGAACCAGGAGCACCAGGCCCAAAAGGUUCAAAGGGAGAUUUUGGAGACAAAGGUGAUGUAGGCCCAACAGGAUCACAAGGGCCACCUGGGGAGAAAGGUGACCAGGGUACAACUGAAAUCAUAGACUACAAUGGAAACAUCAAAGAGGCUCUUCAGAAGAUAACUACUAUUACAGUUACGGGUCCCCCUGGGCCUCCUGGACCAAUUGGACCAAAAGGGAUGAAGGGUGAUCAGGGUGUUCCUGGACUUCCUGGCCUGGAUGGUGAAAGGGGUCACAAAGGUUCAAAGGGGGACACAGGAAUCCCAGGAAUAUCAGGAGAAAAGGGAUCAAUGGGUCUUCCUGGAUUACAGGGUGUGAAUGGUCUGAAAGGAGACAAAGGAGACACUGGUUUGCCAGGCCCUCAGGGACCCUCGAUUAUUGGGCCCCCUGGAGCACCUGGUCCACAUGGACCACCUGGCCCCAUGGGUCCUCAUGGAUUCCCUGGGCCAAAGGGAGAACCUGGGUUGCAUGGUCUCAAGGGACUGCGAGGGGAACCUGGGCAUAAGGGUGACAGAGGACCCCUAGGUCUCCCCGGAGCAUCUGGCUUGGACGGCAAGCCGGGACCCAGGGGUAUGGAUGGACCAACUGGGACUUCUGGUCCAGCAGGUCCGAAGGGCGAUAGAGGUGAGAAGGGUGAUGUUGGUGAUCCUGGACCCAGAGGGCCAUAUGGGUUACCUGGAGCUGCUGGAACACCUGGAAUGGAUGGGUUACCAGGCUUAAAGGGAGACAAGGGCAACAUGGGGGAAAGAGGAGAAAAGGGUUUCCGGGGCUUUAAGGGUGAAAAGGGUGAGCCAGGUCAGCCUGGCCUGGAUGGCCUGGAUGCCCCGUGCCAAUUGGGUCCAGAUGGACUCCCAAUGCCUGGAUGUUGGCAGAAGUGAUCGGUCUAACACAAAACGCAUGGAGUUUAUAAAUAAGGCUUCACUUUUUUGUAAAUACUUUUUUUUUUAAUUCUGGGAAAAGAACAUCUUUUUCACAUAGGUUUUUUCACAUAGCCGCUCCUGUCAUUUCAGUGUGCUCAUGGCAACUUGUGUUACAUUCACAUCAGCACUGUGGAAUUUUAAGUCUUGUCCAGUAAGAGACUAUUCACAAGGGCAUGUUUGCCCUGAGUUGCAUGGCCCAGAAUGAGAGUGGAUACCAAAACAGACUAACAGGGUUAACUGAAAAGAAGAAGGAGGGAUGAGCUUUGGGUCUUGAACAAGAUUUUUGUGUAUUUAGUGUGUUCACACCAAUCCAUACUAUCAACUUAAAAGACUAAAGACUCCAUCCACACAACCUGAAACAAGCAUGUACAUAUCAUUUUGUAGUGUGGUCAAAAUAUGGCUUCUGCAAAUCACUAACUACCUGUCAGUCUUUGUCGAUUCAAAACAAAAAUAUGUUACUCUAAAGGGCGUUAAUUUUUCUUUUUUUUUCACUUUGUGAAGGGUGUCACACCUUGGCUGGUGGCUUGAGAAAGUAAGAAUUGUGAUUGAUUGCUGGAUUUCUUUAUUGCAAAGAGGUCAGUGUGGCAACUGGCCCUCCUGCGCCUCGGGGUUGCUGUUGUGUAACUCUCACCUUGUAAUGAG